CUCUCAAACUCGUUUCAGGUCCAGUCUCUUCGUAGUCGGAUCAUAUCACCAAAGCAUUUGAAAAUUGUCAUUGUGACCAAAUCUUGCUCUUCAAUUAUACGCGAUUUACUGUACGAGGAUCCUCACUGCGGGGUUAGCUUACUAUGGCCUCACUCAACCUUAAGCGAACACCAUACCCAACUGCGGACACUGAAGAUGAUAUCCGAAAAGACCCGAUACUAUGCCGAACGUGCUGGAAUCUCUACGGAGGUUCAACUGUCACUGCUGUUCCUCUGGCUGGUAUAGCUAUGCACGAAAAUUCUGGUUCCAUCAACGCAAACAGAGCGGCUACGGCUGGUAACCUAGAUGAAGCUCCUGCUUGGGCAGGACGAGGUCGUAUCGAUUAUGCUUCGUGGCAAAUCAGUGUCUAUCUCCCUGAUGUUCCUGGGACAGUAGCUAGAGGCUGCCAGUCUUGUUUCCUUCUUCAAGAGAUCUUGACGAAGUUGACGAAAGGAGCCCUGGACUGCAAUGACCCUGAGCUAUGGUUGGACAUUGUCUUCUGUAAGGGAAAUGUCCUAAGGAUGAAGCUUAUCCGUGGGAGUCCCCCCGAUGACUUUGAUAUGUUCUCUUCUGGCGGCGGAAGCACUGAUGGAGACCUUCUCGAGAGCUUCGAGAUAUACACCAUGCCAGGUUCGCCCUGCCCAUGGCCGACUAUUGGCUCAUCAAUGAACGUUGAACGUCCUGACUGGAGUCUUCCCGCUGAGAUUGGUGGACUUGCGAGCCAUAUUGAGCCAGAUCCAACUUCCAAGUCUUCUUUCGACAGGGUCAAAAGUUGGAUCAAAACCUGCAAAGAUACCCACACAAUUUGCACAGAAGGGGAGGCCUCAUCAAACCCGCAGCUCCCAAAGCGAGUCAUCGAUAUUGGACCUGAUACCAACGAUGGAAUCCAUAUCUUUGUUCACGAUGACGCCACACAGCAGAUUACAGAACCAUAUAUUGCGUUAUCUCAUUGUUGGGGUAAGACUCAGCACUUGAUCUCGACGCGGGCAACCCUUGACCAGUGGAAGCAAAACAUUCCGUUCAAUAGAUUUGCCAAAACAUUUCAGGAUGCUGUGGUUAUUUCAAGAGAGUUGGGCAUUCGAUAUGUUUGGAUAGAUUCACUCUGUAUCGUUCAAGAUGAUAAGCAAGAUUGGGAAAUUGAAGCAGCCAAAAUGGCGUCGAUUUACAACGGCGCAGAACUGGUUUUAGCUGCCACUGGAUCCGCUGAUGGGUCUGGUGGCUGUCUAUUUCAAAGAGAGCCUUUCGUCACAGUUUCUGGAACAUUUCCAGAAGGAAAGCCAUUUGAGAUCUACGGACGAAAGGUGGCAAAACAUGCAGUUUUUGGUUGGAACACAGAUCCCAAUGGGUCCAAAGGAUCCUCGAACCCUAUCGUUGGAACCACAGUAUCUGAGGUGUAUGAUUACCCUCUGAUGACAAGAGCUUGGUGUUUCCAGGAGAGGCUCUUGGCAACUCGGAUUCUCCAUUAUACCAAGAGUGAGAUGAUCUUCGACUGUUUAUCUUCAAUGGAGUGCGAAUGCGGUGCUCUGGAGAAACAUGAAGAUGACCCACUGGUACCUGCUCGUCGAAUCAUCAAGACAGGACACAAGUUCAUCACUGGAACGAAGAGCUACCGAGGCUUAUCUACGAAUCCCGCAGCCCCUCUCAAGGGAGAAACCAAAGAGUUCAUAGAGCAUCAUGAACUCUGGCGAGAUUUGAUUGUUCAGUAUUCCCAAAAGAAUAUCACCAAACGAACCGACGGCCUCCCAGCUGUUGCAGGAUUGGCUACAGAGUGGUUCAAUAAACUUACAGGAAGAUACCUCGCAGGUCUUUGGGAGAAGGAUAUUCUCAACGAUUUACGCUGGAUGCCAGAUGAAAAAGACUCUGGUUCAUCACCAGAGUACAUCUCACCAAGCUGGAGCUGGCUCAGUGUUCACCGUGGUGUAACGUGGGGAGUGGAGAGCUUUGAAUUUGACAAGUUCUUCGUGACCGUGGACUUUGAUCGUACAGCAUGCCCUCUUAGCGGGCAUAACCAGUUUGGAGCCGUCGACUCUGGGUACAUUUUUCUCACCGGCCGCAUCAUGCGCAUGACCUUUUCCAUCGAUGGAAACAUGGUUUGGCUGGAAAAGCCAGGGAACGAUACGAGAAAGCCAUUUGACAGGCCGGAUAGUCUUUGGAGGUUGCGAAACUUGAAGAAUAAUGAGCUAUUCUGCCUCCGACUUUCAACAAGAAUGAGUACCAGGAAUGCAUGGGAUGAUGAUGCGGCGUUGGUGUUGGUCAAGGCAGAUGAGGAGAUUUUAAAGAAGCAGCCCGAGGAAGUCCAGAAGUUUGAAAAUGUUUAUCAGAGGGUUGGAUUUAUCACGAAUUAUAUGACGCAGGGUUGGAACCAUGAAAGGGACUCGAAGGAGAUGGGACUUUAUAUCAUUUAGCUACUCAAGGUUUCGUUACGAUGGGCAGAAUCGAAUAGAUUUGGAUAGUCUGAAAAGUUGGGUGGACAGGAAAGUGGAGGGGGGUUGAUGCAGAGAGCAAUGGAAUGAGAGAAUCGUGCCCUUCAUGAUCUGAUCUGUUACGGUGCUAGUAAAAUCAGAGCAUCCACCUCUUGCUUUGCAGUCGCCGCGGCGGUGAAGAUGAAGGGUUAUCAACCGGCGGACCUACUUAGGAUAUAUUACCUCGAAUAAUCCCAUCAAGCUCAACAACGUGACAAAUUCC